AUGGGUAAGCUUUCAUAUGAAGGUUACAUGAAUCUUCUUUUCCAUCCGGAGUAUGAUGAGGAGACGAUACCAUCUGAUAUUGCCAAGAGGAUAAUAUCAAAUGCCAUUUCACCAGUGAUUAGCGUGACUUCGACACCAGAACUCGAUGAGCAUAUACAACAAGCAUACGGGAUUGACUCUCUCUAUAUGCUGUUGAGAUUUUUUGGCAACUGCGUAACAGAUAGAGAUCAGACCAAUGAAUACUCUUUUGGAGAAGCGCCAGAGAAUAAGCCCAGCGACGGAAGUUCUUCGACAGGAACAUCGCCAGCAGACUCGAAUUUAAGGAGCCGCAAACGAUCAAACACACUUUUCCAGAGGGACUUAACUCAGUCGCGUUAUAUACGGUUUACAAGAUCUUUGGGAGAUCUUGUUGAGAGCGGGAGUCCCGAUGAUAUGCUCUUCGAUUACCAUUCUUUAGAAACAUUUCUGCAAGCCAUGCUGCGAAGAAUUGAAAGCCAAACCACUGAUAAAACGACGCACACAUUGCUUAAAAAAUCCCUUUACCAUAGGUUCUUCUCAUUGGCGAUAUCCUCAACAUCGUAUCUUUCGCCAUAUGAGGCGUUCAACCACCCCGUGGUAUCGUUAAUCGCUUUGGAUACUCAUUUAGGACAGGGUUAUGACGAUGCUAGGGAUCUCUUAUCUGAAUUUAAGAGUCUGAGUAGCACAACUGAGAUUUUUCCAGUAUUUUUGAGCACUACUGACAUCCUACCAGUGUUUCUGUUAUGCUAUUAUGCCGAUUCUGAUGAGGAGUACGAAAGUUCUAAAGCACUAGCUAGGAAACUAAAAAAGCAACUAUUUGUUGAGAGUAUUUUACUGCCAUUAUGGAAGGAAUCUUAUCAAGAAAACGUGCAAGUACCACUUCAUCAGCCUGUAAUGACAUCUCUCGAUGAAAUGCUAUUCAUGAUGCAGUCACCAGUAUGCUUGAAGCUUUCCCUUGAAUUGAUAAAUGCUACUUAUGAUGUUUUAGAAAACUUGGUCAAUGAUCUAAUGGUUCCCUUUAUGCAGCGGAAAAUCUCGUUUUGGGAUGAAACAGUUCUACAGACAAGAAAGUCGUUAUUUCACGGAAAUAAGCUAUUUAAAAGAUUCAUGUCAAGAACAGCUGGGGGAAAUAAUGUCCAGCAGCAAUCAUCUUUGGUAAAAGACAAAGAAGGCAGAAACUAUUUUAUUUUUUCUUCCCCAGAACUGCUCAUGCGAAAGCUGGCCGAUUGGUCAAUGAUGCUAGGUGAGUUUAAAAGAGCGUAUUCGACCUAUGAUCUGAUUAGUCAUGAUUUUGAAGGCUUCCCAAAAUAUCUUGCAUCCUGUUUGGAAUGGUGUGCUGUAUCCGUUUUGAUGGGCGCACAAAACAUUGUAACAGCGAAAAUGUUAAAAAGUGACAUUGAUCCACUAAUUCAGCGUGCCGUAGAUACUUAUGAGGCCUGUGCACUCGAUCAAUCCAGUACAAAUGGUGUAUCUGGCUCUCUCCACGAUGGACCUAUUGUUCGUUCUUAUGAAACAAGAUGCCUGUUCCUAGCAUCGGAGCUUUAUCUGUCCCUAAGUGAUACAUGGACGUCAACUCCCUACGCUCUUCAAAAUCUCGAAACUAUUCUUGGCGAGUGCAAAUUAGGUCCAUGCUCCCAGAUUAUGAUAUGGGAGAGAAUAAGCGAUUGCUAUUAUUUAAGGAUAGAUCCUAGAAUUCGCCAUAAGGUUCCUUCAGCAGCCGCAAAAAAAUCCGAAAGAGAAUCAAAUGGUAUGAUGGAAAUCGGCACGGAUGGUAAUUUGCACGAAGAUAUUGUAACUAAGGGCUUCACGCGCUUGCGUAAAGCAGCUUUCUUUCGUUUAAUCUCGGCUACGAUGUGGGCCGAACAGAAACAAUGGAGACAAGUCGCAUGGUGUCUGAAGGAUAUAGAAGGAUCCUAUGAAGGUAUUAAUUUGGUUAAUAGGAAAAAUCUAACAUUAGCAAAACUAAAAGAUGAAUUGGCCAAGAAAGAAAAUUUUUCGGAGGGUCAAAUCCACGAGAAGUCUAGCGUAAAUGUUGCAACGAAGGCAGUUAUUGAAUAA